CAGCCGCCACGGUGGACGGGACAGGUGCAGGCUUUGCAAGUUCAACUUGUCGCCCUUCGCCACUUUUUUAUCUGGGUAAUUUGUUUGGAACUUUAUGCGAUAGAUUUGUUUUUUAUUUGUUUUGCGAAAGAACCGUCCGCUUUGAGUGAAUGUCGGAAGCGGGAUUGUCUUCGGUUUAUGGUCAUCCAUGAUUUUUCAGCUCACCUGGAAAUAUCGGCCAGUCACCACUCUUUGGCGCAAGAUGUCGACCUCCAUUUUAACUCCUCCGGCUGCCGUGCGCGGCAUGAAAGAGCUGGAUAAAAGCCUGUUUGUGAAGGACAUACAAGUGCCGUGCUUGUAUAUCCCGGCGGAUUCUUUUCGGAUUCCGGACGUUCGCUAUACGAUAAAACAAUAUCUUAUGAGGAUAAAGCGAUUUAUUUCGACUGUUCAGGACAGCGAAGAGGAGAAAAGACUAGUCCUGAAUCCCGACACGGUGCAAGAGUGGGACUCUCUUGAGGCCAAGCAUCGGACAUUUCUGGAAAGCAAGGGAAUAUCGAGGGAAUCCUUGCGCAAGGAGAGUGUGACGCUCAACUACGACAGCUGGGGUGCUCAUGAAAUUAUUUCGGCUAUCCUUGGCGAUUCAGCUCCGAGUGUCUCUGGCUUCAGCAGAGUGGGACAUAUCAUCCAUUUGAAUCUUCGAGACGAGCAUGAGCCGUACAAGCGUCUGAUAGGUGCGAUUUUACUGGAGAAAACUCCAAAUGCUCGAUCUGUGAUCAAUAAGUCCUCGAAUAUUGAGUCGGAAUUCCGGAAUAUAAACUACGAGCUGCUUGCUGGAGAAAGCGAUCUAGUCGCCGUUUCGAAGGAAAAUGGUUGCACAUUCCAUGUUGAUUACGCGCAUGUGUACUGGAAUCCGCGGCUUAGUUCGGAACACGAGCGGUUGGUUAAAGAUUUGCAGCCGGACACGAUCUUAUACGACAUAUUCGCCGGCAUCGGUCCAUUUGCUAUCCCGGCGGGAAAGAAGGGAUGCACCGUGCUGGCAAACGACUUAAAUCCGGCUUCCUAUCAGUGGCUGCAGAAAAAUAUCGCUGUCAAUAACGUCUCGCAUAAUGUCGUCCCUUAUAACAUGGAUGCUAGGGAAUUUAUCAAAACAGUAGUGAAAGAGGAUAUGCUUAAAAGAUAUGCCAACGAUCCGGGGGCUGAUUUGCGGUUUGCCAUGAAUCUUCCUGCAUGUGCUGAUGAAUUCCUUAAUGAAUUUAACGGACUGCUGCACGGACACGAAUUCCAGGAGCAUGUCCAUCGCCCGCCGACGGUCUGCCUUUACUGCUUCGAGAAGGAUACGGAUCCUCUUACUCCUGCGGGACGAGUAAGAAGAAAUCUGGGAUACUCCUUGGAUGAGAGCAAAAUUUCACAACGAAUCGUUAGGCAAGUGGCCCCUAAUAAGUUCAUGCUAAUGUUACAGUUUCGCGUCCCUUUCGAAGUAUUAAUGCGGCCUCCUGGGUUGGUACAUUUGCUCAUGGAUAAUGCAGUCGAAGAAUCAGGAACGUCCGAACAAAAUGCGCACGAGUCGGAUCAUGUUGGGACUAAGCGAAGAAGACUGCACUCAUAAACUGAAUGAGUCGUACACGUGUGACUGUGUUGUCUGCGAUGAUUUGUACGAUGCUGUCGAUGUUCUUUCUUCGGACCACGGUGGUUUUUUUGUCGCACUGAAUUUGUUUAACUUCAUCGUUUCUUAUAGUAUGUAAUGAGAGCGCGGUAUUCUUUUUAUUGAUAAAUCACUGAGCUUAGUUUUAUCAUGUAAAACAGGUAAAACGUAAACACCGUUCUGUAAUACUUCAGGGUUCAGUGCGAAACUAUUGCAUGCAGUAAAUUAUACGAGUA